ACCCUACUUCUUUCUCGUGUGAUUUAUCUACGUUUCUUAGAUUUCAGUUCGCUUCUCAAAGGCUUAUCUUCACGUUUCAAAGGCUUAUCUUUGCAUUUUUAAGUCUUCACGUCUCGAACGUUGUUCUUGACGUUUUUUGGAUUUCAAGCAAGGUGUGCGAUGUUCUUGCAUAAGGAGCAUGGCAAAUGAGGAAGUUUGGGUUCAAUUUUGGUAGAGAGGAAACACAAGUUUCGGUGGCCAAGCGUGACCUCCAUCCUCACUGCCGCGCGGUAGGUACCACGACGGUGACAUCUUCGCGAUGUAGAGAUGGACUUCCCCAAAUAGUUUCAGCCAUGAAAUUCAAGGCCUUCAUCACCGACAACGGCGUCAACCUCCUCGAGAAGCGGUUCCUCCCCGUCCUCGAGAAAACCGGAAAAUCCUGCCACCUCUACCUCACGCGUGAUCACGCGCUCUUCCUCCACAACCUCCUCAACGGCGACGGCGUCCACUCCGUCGCACAGUUCCGCAAGGAGGCGCUCUUUCACGACUACCGAAUCUCCAGCAACAACGACGACCGCAUCGCCUUCGCCCUCGACCUCUCCCUCCUCCUCCGCGCCCUCCGCAGCGCCGUCGUCAUCGCCUCCGAGUACUCCGCUUCAUCUUCCACCGCCACGCGCCUCGAGAUCAAGCUCGUCAAGAAACUAUCCCCGAACUCCACCCAGUCCAUGCCCUUCCUCACGCUGGAAACGCGUGGCUAUAAGUCCGCUGUGAUUCAGGACAUUCCCAUCUCCAAACCCUUGUCGCGGGCGCAGGUUACUGAGCUUCAGAGCGCGCUCGAUUCGGCGCAGGAUCUCCCUCCAACACUCGUUCAGGUGCCUGAUUCGAAUCAAUUGUUGAACUUGGUGGAUCGGAUGAAGCAGGUGGGAGAUGUUGUGAAUGUGUUCAUAAGUAAGCAUGGGGAUUUGAGCGUGCAGGUUUCAACCACACUGAUCUGUCUGGGUGCUGAGUUUCGGAGACUGGUGGUGAUUGGAGAGCAAACAAAUGCCCCUUCUGAAGAUCAAAAUGUCAGUGCUCAGACACGAUCGUCAAGGUCCAUUUCAAGAGGAGAUGGACAAUCUGUGCAAGUGAGUGUGAAGCACUUCGCCAAGAGCCUCCAGUGUCACUUGGCCAGACCAGAUUGUGCUUUCUACGGGAUUGGUCCACAGGGCAGUUGCCUCACAGUGAUAUUUCAGUUCUUCAUUCCAGGCACUCGCGAGACUGAUAAAUCAAUCAGCUUGCAUUGCAGGCUUCCUGUUCUUGAUUCCGGUUCUGGCUAAACACCAACACUCUUCCUCUAAUGUAAGUUCCUUUUUCAUAGCCUCAGAAAUUGAGUUGAGAAAAUGUCAAGUUGUUAGUGUUUAUAAUGACUACUGUGAUAAGCCUUUUAACUAGAAUAGCGAAUUAAUUUCUUGUAUGUAUGACAAAGUUUACAUUAUAUAGUUGAAUAAUGUAACAGAUGUAAGGACUUUAGGUUAUUGAUGUGAAGCAUGGAUGAAGAAGGUAAGUGAGCAAAUUAGGUUA